GGCGGACGAGCCGGUGCGUCCGCCCAGCCCGGUCCGGCCAGCGCCCGCCGCCCGCAAGGAGUCGAGGCCGGAGCCGGUGCCGGCGCAGACACGGGAGGCCGUCGAGACGCUCAUCCAGGACCUGUCAGCGGACACGGCGCAGGCAGAGUCCGGACUCCGACAGCGCAAGCCAGAGAACCCGGCCGGCGCCCACCGUCUGGGCCGUAUCCAGCUGACGCUGCGCUUCAGUGACACCCGCUCGGCGCUGGUGGUCGUCGUCCACAAAAUAUCGAGCCUGCCCAUGCAGGGAGACGACAUUCCCGAUCCGUACGUCAAGACGUACCUGCUGCCUGACCGCUCCGAGGACAACAAGCGUAAAACACAGAGCUUCAAAGACAACCGCGACCCGGUGUACGACGAGGCGCUGGAGUAUCGCGGCCAGCUGAAUGAGAUCCGGGUGCGCACAUUGGAGGUUCAGGUGGUCAGUAAGAAGACCUUCGCUCGCAACCCCAUCCUUGGCAUGAAACACAUCGACCUGAGCGAUCUGGACCUGGUGGCCGGCUCCACCCAGUGGUUCGACCUGGAGCCGGAAGAGCACUUCGACUCGCCGCGGCGCAGCCUGUUGCAUGUGCUGACCACGCCCAUCUUGCGGCGACGGAGCGGCGUCGCGGCGUCCGCCGGGCCGGCCAAGCGGAACGGGCGCGGCGGCACGCUGCCGCGCGCCCGCCACUGACGGGAACGGCGCGCCGUCCGCCGCCGCCUGGCGGCGCCGCGGACCCAAGGCUGCUGCCUCGCAUCGCUUGGACGCCAGCCGGUAGGUGGGCGUCUCGCUGAAGUUCCUCUGCUGCCUGCGCCUCCGCUGCUGCGCAAACGGCUGUUACACGAGUGCCUGAGUGCCUUGCGCGUCCGCCGCCGUCGCCGCCGCACGGUGAGGGCCUAGGCGUGUCUUCUUGUUGUACUGUCACCCCUGCUGUCUCCAGCAGAGGCGGCGGCUGCCGCGACAUGGUGGACGAGCGUGGGCGCGCGUCCGAUCUGUACGGGUGAAACGUCUGGUCUUGCUGCUUGUCGGGGUUCCUCAGUGCGCGCCGUGCUGCAGUCUGCCGAGCUGAGGGGGUCGGUUGUUAAGGCCGGCGGGUCAGGCCAGGUCAGGUUCGGAGCUGUGUUCUCCGAGAAGGCCGCCGUCCCCGCCCCCUGUUGUUACUGCUUCGCGCGGCAUUGGUUGAACUUAUUUUCACAACCAGUCUCGGAUCUGCGUGCUUUGCUGUUGCCGCUUGCCUGUGUGUGCUGCGCGUGAGAGGCUUGUUUGAUAUGGACCGAGGGAAAUCAGCCAGACGUAGUGCUCCACUCGGUAAUCUUGUCUGGUAACAGAGUUGAAGUGUUUCGCUAAUCGCCCUCACCUAAAUACACGUUAUAUCGCCUCAGGUAUCUGUGAACACC